AUGACGAUCGAGAUUUUAAGACUUUUUCACAUUCCUCGACAUCUGCCGGACUACAUCAUCGCUCGCUUUCCCCCCUCCUGUGUCAUCCGACGAUCACUUUCUUCGAGAUCGCUUCGCGCCGAAGGAUCUCCGCUCGCGCUAAUCCUACUUGAGGAUCGAUCGGCGUCGCCGAAGCUAGUCGGGCUAUGCGGAUCCAUAAAUCGUAGCUAUCCGGCGUGGAUAUUCUCGAUUUCCCUGGCGAUGUGCCGUCUUCGCGGCGAUCUAAUUGUCCUGCUGGUGAUCGUCCUGGCGGAGGCCCAGUGCAUCAUGAUGAGGAUCGUCGGGGAGAAUCAUUCCAAAUGCGGAUGUCCGGCAGCGUCGCAGAGGCAACCGCGAUCGAUUCCUCCGCCCAAGGUCCAAGGACUACUGAUAAAGGACGAUGCCUCAUCCUCGUCAACGAUCACGGCCACCGCCAUCACUACGACCACCGGUCGCAUCUUCAACGGCAAACCCAGCAGGAAGGGCGCGUGGCCUUGGCAAGUGUCUCUUCAGUUGUUGCAUCCAAAACUAGGCUUCAUCGGUCACUGGUGUGGUGGUGUGCUGAUCGAUCCCAAAUGGGUAAUCACCGCCGCUCAUUGCAUUCACAACGAGCUGUUUAAUUUGCCCAUCGGCGUGUUAUGGACAGCGGUGGUCGGUGAAUGGGAACUGGACUCGGGGGGACGCGGAUCCGCUCGUUUACCUGUCGAAAAGGUGAUUCUUCAUGACAGGUUCAAUAAUUACGUGCAUGAUAUAGCUCUAAUGAAGCUUGCUAGGCCGGCACCUCUAUCCAAGGUCGUUCGCACCAUUUGUCUUCCUGGUCCUGGACAGUAUCUCGGCAAAGGACAAUGUGUCGCCUCCGGCUGGGGCCGAUACGGCCCCUCGCCUUCGCUCUCUACUGCCCUUCUGGAGGCUAGCGUUCCUCUUCUGAAUCUCAAAGAGUGCUUACAAGCUUAUGGCACUUCGGUGCCCAUCAGGAAGGGUCAUCUCUGUGCCGGUCAGACCGACGGUUCUUCGGGAAGUUGCGUGGGUGAUUCCGGAGGACCUCUGCAAUGUCGUCGCCCUGACGGUGUUUGGCAGCUGGUCGGUGUCACAUCCUUCGGUUCCGGUUGUGCUAGACCGGGUUAUCCAGAUGUAUAUACCGAGAUACAGCAUUAUUUAAACUGGAUUAAUAGCACGAUUGAUGCCAACAAUGACGAAGAUGAUGAGCACUCUUAAAAUACGUUUGUAAAUAUCAACAUUGUAAAUACGUUACAUUGUACAGUGCAUAUAAUUCUUUGUAUAUAAUGUAUUCCGUGUUUUUGUUAUUAUAUAUAUAUAUAUAUAUUGUACAGUACAGGAGGGGGAGAGAGAAAUAGAAAUAAGAAUUAAAUUAUAAUUAAAUAUGUAUCUAGGUCAUAUUCCCCUCCCUCUUCAUUGAAACUAACAUCAUAAAUAAUAAACAGAUAGAAAGCCGAGAAUAUUAGUACUGACGUAUAGGCACUCCUUAUACAUAACUAUUUGUAUUAAUCGUUUUUUAUUUAUAUUUUCUGUAACUAUGAUCAGACAAUAAUUACGGUCGUUUGUAAAUGAUCCGGUCCAAUAGACGUCGGAAUCAAAAUAAACAGGAUGAUAGGUCCUGAGGCUUGUAAAGAUGUUCCUUUCCGGAACAUUGGUCGCGGUCAGUUAAAACUUUCACGGUUGUUUAUUCAGCCGGAAAA